AUGUCUGCUAAACUUGAAUUAAACUCUGGAAACAAAUGGCUUGUUGAAUAUCAAAAAGGACAACAAGAUCUAACCAUUAACUCCACAGCCAUUCAACAAUCAGUAGUUGUUUACAAAUGUGAAAAUUCCACAUUAGUUGUACGUGGUAAGGUAAAUGGUAUCACUAUUGAUAGCUGUUCCAACUUUAACAUUAUCUUCGAAAGCUCGAUCUCCCCUCUUGACGUCAUUAACUGCAAGAGAGUUCAAGUGCAAGUAGAAAAGACAACCCCUGCUGUCAUCAUCAACAAAACUGCUAAUAUCAAAGUUUUCUUGAGCAAAGAAAGUUUGCAUACUGAGUUUGUUUCAUCUCUUUCAAACGAGAUGAAUGUUUACAUCCCUACUCAAGAUGGUGAAGACACCAUUGAGUUGCCAAUUCCAGAAACACUUACCACCAGAGUUGUAAAAGGAAAGCUUGAAACAGAAGUUGGCAGCAAGGCUGUUGGUGUUUAAAAAACAGAUCCUUACUUCAAAUAAAUUGUAAACAAUUGUUCC